GACUGACAGGCGACAUGCGCACCCGCCAACUUCUCGCUUGUCGAAUUGCACGAUUUUGAACGCCGCUGUUUGACCCUCCGGACUCGCCGUAAUCGUCAAAGAGUUGCAGUGAAACAAGACGUGUUGUUUGUGACGGAAAGCCUGAGAUCCGGACCGAGGAACUAAACCAGGAAUAGGAACAGACCGGGAUUCAACCAGGAGAACAAAUAAACCGGAGGGGACACCAGAACGGAUCGGGAAGCCAGGGCAUGGCGGCCGACUUCAGCGAGCUCAUGAACCUGGCGGGCUGCGAGAUUGGCCGCGGGUCCCGGGACCGGGAUUGGGAAUCAUUGCUGUUUGAAGAGCUGAAUGAUUCCAGCUUUGAAGCUUUGAAGAACAAUCCAUUUGAUAGUGACAUGGAGGUUGAUUUUAGUUUGGAAUUCACACCCUGGGAUUAUGAUCCUUGGGGACCAACAUGCAGCUCAUCUCCAGGUAUUCCCUCUUCCAGUGAUUCAAGUUAUGGACAAACAACAUCUGAGCCUCUGUCUCCAGCUUCAAACUCUUCAGUACAUUCUCCUGCAGAUUCAUUAUUACAACAUGAAGAUCUUCUCUGCUUUUCACCACAAUCCUCUCCAGUCUCAGCAUCUAGUACAAGUAGUGACUAUUCUUCCACAGCAGAAGAGUUAAAAGUGAAGCAUUUGCCUGAAGCAAAACCUCAAGUAAAUGUUUCUUCAAAUGUAUCAAAGCAGAAACCGAUUCAACCAAAGCCCAUCUUCAUCCCAGCAUUGCCAGUUUCACAGCCGAGCCCAGGGCUAACUGGGAAAACCAUUAUAAUUAAACCAAUUCAAACAGUCAUGUCCAUUCAAAAACAGAAGCCAAUUAGAAUCUGUCCUGCUCCUGCUGGUCACCCUGUAGUGGUUUCUCAGCCUCCAGUCGUGCAGCUUCAACCACAAAGUGUUCUUAAUUCCCACCCCAUUAUAAAUGUGGAUGGAGGAACCAGUACCAUGGGUACAGUACCAGUGAGAAUACUGACAAAUAACAACAGCUGCAUUAUGAAUGAAAAAUCUCCAUUGACAAAAACAGUUAUUUCAGCAUCCACACAUAGUGAUAAGAAGCAAGAUUUAAGUGCACUAAGACGACAAGAAAGAAUGAUUAAGAAUCGUGAAUCAGCAUGUCUUUCCCGAAGAAAGAAGAAGGAAUAUUUACUGAAUCUGGAGCACAGGCUGAGGUCUGCACUUGUUGAAAAUGCCAAGCUUAAGAAUGAAAAUGGUUCUCUUCAAAAACAGCUCCAGGAGUUGAUGUCCGAGAAUCAGCAAUUAAAAGUUUCUGCUCCAAGAAGAAGAGCUGCAUGUGUCAUGGCAUUGUUGGUGUUCAUAGCAUUCAGUUAUGGUCCCGCAAGCAUAUGGGAAAGAGACUCCAGUGCUCUGCAGACUACUGUCAGAUCUGCCAUCCACAACAGGCAUCUAUUGGGAUUUUCUGAUGAAAGUGAAGCUGAAGUUGAUCAGGAAACACUUACUGAAGGCAGCAGUUACAGAAAUGGGAUUUCAUUUUCGGAGAAGAAAGAUCUAAUGGUGGUAAAGAAGGAGCCUCUUCUCUUUGUCCAACGAGCAUGUCAACCUCAAGUCAAUAAGACUGAAUCACUUCGGCUUGCUGAUGAACUUCGUGGGUGGGUCCAUCGACAUGAAGUAGUCAGAGACAAGUUGAGGAAAGGAUACAAGAUGCUUCAUAAGUUGAAGACUGUACCGAAACAUGUGGAGAAGAAGACUGAUGUAGCCCAUUAUGUUACAAGGAAGUACAUAGACGUCGAUGAGAAAAACUCAGGGAAUGAAUUGCAAGUUUAUUAUGUGCCAGACAGACAUUAUCCAAGCUUCUUUGAAGCCAUCCGUAGAAGAGGGGAUACAUUUUAUCUGAUAUCAUUUCGGAGGGAUCAUUUUUUGCUACCAGCUAUCAGCCAUAACAAGACAACCAGACCAAAAAUGUCUCUUGUUUUACCAGCAAUGAACAUUGACGAUCAGUUUAUCAACGAACCUAAGGAUCAUGAGGUAAUGAUGCAGAUUGAUUGUGAAGUAAUGGCCACCAGGAUCAUUCACAUCAAGACAUCAUUGAUACCUGCCUUUCUACGAGAACACCAGGAAAACCGCACAGCAGCAUACCAACAGCCAGGACCGGCACCAGCACCACCUCACACUGCACCACCUAUCAUUACAGAGUCUGCCCAAGGGACUGAGUUUAAAAUUUACCAAUAGUGUGGUAUUCACCUGAGAACAUUGUACUGUAAACUACUGCAGGUCACUGUUUCCAAGGACUCGUUCAAUGCAUUUGAAAAUAAUAUGAUUGGAUGGAAUUUUUUCAACUUAAUUUAAUGUAAAUUCAGAUCAAGCUAAUUUGAAACUAACUGCGUGAUUCUGGCCUGUUUAAAACCUUGUUUAGAAUAGAUUUUACUUCUGAAUUGUUGCAGCCAUGGGCUUUGAAAGGUGAAAUGCUGUGAGGGAAUCAAAAAAGGUAAAAGCAAUAGGCUGUAGCAUCCUCAAUCUUUACAAAAUAACGUUACCACAGUAAGCACAUGUUCAUUGAAAUUUUGGUUUUGAAAUGUGCUUUAUAAUCAAAACUUGCUUAAAAUGGAUGUUCAUAUAAGUGCUCAAAAAUAAUUCAAUUGAAAUAAACUUUAAAUAAAUAACUAUUUUUGGGUAGACCUACCUCUCACUGAGCCAAAAAUUCAAGUCACAAGAGCCUUUUUCUCUUUGAGCUAUAAAACCUAUUGCUUUUACUGAUGGGAAACUUGGUGGUUGUAGUUUCGAUUUGUUGCAGGUGUGUUGUUAAUUUUUGCUGGGUGAGUGUUCUCCUGAAGAUGUUACUCACUGACACUCUUGGGCUGACAUUUUUUCGUGCAUACCAGAACUGUGGAUCAUUCAAGAAUUUUGCUUAAUAAUCUGCAUAAACUCAUUGAUUAAAUAACAACUCACUUCACAGCUGUGAGGGUGAAACAAACUUCUGGAAAAUGUAUUCAUAUAUAAAUAUAUUACUUCUCCUUAAUCACAUCAAUGACCAUUACCAUGAGCUUAGUCUCUGCAGGCCUUGUUACCUUGUCUGAUGUACUUGAGCUUGUUGUUCACGCUCAAGUCUGUACACAAAGUACAAGCUGUUUGGCAGUUGUUGUCUAUCAUAGACAAGCUCCUUUCUGCAUAAUGUAACGUUUCAUUACCGGAUAUUUUAUUGAAUUUGUGAUCGUGGGCAUAGAUCAUACUAGCUAAUUUCUGACCUCUGGAUCCUGGCAGUUAUGAAACAAUGUAGUCACUAUUCAUCACUAUUUGGCUCAUCACUGACCAGAAAUCAAAUCUAGGCCUUUAUGGCUCUGCACAGUGAAUAUUUUAAUGCAUUCUUGGUCAUUGCAUUGUGGAUCUAGAUCAACCAUUUACAUGCCUUUUCACUUCAGUGUUCCUUCUGCAAUCAAUAACUGAGACUGCAAUUAUUUGUGAAUUAUUCCAGUUCACUGGAAUUCAGCCACAUAGUGAUCAGGCACCAGGGAUGUUUGAAAGAGAAUCACUGUUUGUGAGUAGUUGAAAACGACCAUGUCCUGAACAGUGGCCAAAACCUCCAGUAAUCAAAUUCAACUGGUCUCAUUUCGGUGUGAGGGAACACCAGUAAGGAUAACGUGCUACUACUGAAGCCAUAGGAACUCUCAGUUUAUUUUAGAGGUGAAGGCCACAUAAUUUGCAAAUGUCUCCAGGCUUGUUAAAAUAGUAGCCUGUCCUACAUUAAGGAUUUGUUCUUUGUUCCUUACAGUUUGUGACUGUAAGUCAUUUUAAAGAAUGCACUUCUGUUUUCAAUGUUCCUACUCUCUUCAUUUAUAUAAUUUAUUUUGUGAUAUUAGUUAUUUUUUGUUACUUCUGGAGAAUUGUGAAAUUGCAAACAUUUCUGUACGCCAAUAAAUUUGUUAUUUAUCUUCUCAA